GCACGUUAGGUCAAGUUACGAUACUCGGUUUCGCGCAUUCAGUUCGCGGGGAGCGCUCGUGCAGUGCGCGUUGUUGUCCCGUGUUCCUCUAGAUGAUCGAUCACGUGGCGGUAGACCCUGCGCCGAGUUCCGCACGCGAUUCCGUGGCGAAGACGCGCCGCCGUCGUGGGGAAGGGAUUAAAUGUGCGCGCCGACGCCGUGAUGGACAACCCUAGCGGCGGAAGAGACGGUCGGUACGCGAGUCUCGGCUACAGCAUGGGGAUGAUCGGGAGCGAUGCUGGCACGGAAAUCUACGGCCGACCGUCCACCUCGCAGAUCGCAGCGGUGGCGGCUUCCCAGUUAGGCCGCGGCGGCGCCACCAUGAUGUCAGCUGCGGGCGCCGCGACGCCAGGCGUCGGCCCCGUUCCCCGGGGUAUCAAGCGCUCCACAUCCGAUGUCUGCUACGGCGGCGACGACGGCACGAACCAGGUCGCCGCGCGACAGCAGUCGCUCUCGCAAGGUAUGUCCGCCGGCGGUGGCAUGCCCGGCGAUUGCGUCCCCGACAACCUCGACGAAUCCUUCACGAAUCUGGGCCAGCCGAAAAAGUCACCCCCCUCGAACGGCAAGAAGACCAAGGGUCGAGUCAAGAUUAAGAUGGAGUACAUUGACAAUAAGCUCAGAAGGUACACGACCUUCUCCAAGAGGAAGACCGGCAUCAUGAAGAAGGCGUACGAGCUGUCGACGCUGACCGGCACGCAGGUAAUGCUAUUGGUUGCAAGCGAGACCGGCCAUGUGUAUACGUUCGCGACGCGCAAACUGCAACCGAUGAUCACCAGCGAUGCCGGGAAGGCGUUGAUCCAGACGUGCCUCAACAGCCCGGAUCCGCCGCCGUCGGGCUCGUCGGGCGACCAGAGGAUGUCGGCCACCGGCUUCGAGGAGACCGAGCUGACGUACAACAUCGCCGACGACGAGCAGAAAGAGGAGAACGCGUCGCCCAGAUCCGAUGUCUGCAUCAACGAGAGCGACGGCGAGAGCAGUGACGGCGACUCGAAGGAUCCUAUCAAGAACAAUCACUCGGGAAAUGUGCCUUCGUUUUCUGCAGGGAUUAUGUACCAGGUGCCUCAGAGUGUCAUUUAUUCGCCCAGUCCGGGGGUCCUGCUCGGCAUAGGACAAAACGGGCAACCGGUGCAUCUCAAGACGGAGAUGUCUCAAGACGGAGGUACAAUAGCACCGGUGGCGAACUCGUCGCAGUCGAAUCAGCCGUUCAUCACGAUACCGCUAAAUGUCGCGAUGAGCGCGGGAUUAUCCUUACCGGUGACCUCCAGGAUGACUUCCAGGUCGCCCACGACGACGACGGCGACGGCGGCGACAUUGUCCGCCUGCGGCGACUUGCCUUCCGACUUGAGCAAAGAUCGGGAAUGACACGGGAAUUUUCCGAGCGGAGUCUUCGACAACGAUGACGAAAGUAGUAAUUGAGUCUCCGCUUUCUCGCUCGGCGCAGACGGAAAUCGUCGCACGAAUCUGUCGAAUAAAUCACGGAAAUCGGAUUCUCGCACACGCGUGUACGCGUGCGCGAUAUCUCCGGACUUGUGAUCCGACUUCCACAUCCGGGAUAACAUCCCGGAUGGAGUAAUUCAAGUUUUCGAGCGGAUUACAAACAACUAUGACCCCUAUGACAUCGCGAUGGGAUUCUUCGCUUCUUCUUCUCAUGUACUUUCGUACGAGAAAAACUAGAAAAUCGAGAAAGGAAAUCGGCUAGUUAAUCGCGCAUUUUUCAAUUAGUUGAGAGUAUAAAAUUAAAUUAACGACUAAGCGAGAAUAUUUUUAAAGAGGAGAUAGAAAGAUUGAGUAACAAAAUUUAUUAGAAAAAAAUAUACAUUUAUAGAAUACGUUGAUUCUAGGUCAAUGAUGAAAUAUUUUAUUUAAGGGGAUUCUGGACUGACGAGCGAACUUUGACGUUCACACAUAUGCACAUCUAACAUACAUAGAUACAUUUAUGUAUACACACAUACAUAUACU